AUGUACUCGUUAGGCGUGGCGGAACGCUCCUGGGAAGAGGGAGAGGGGCGUGCGCAGCAGCAGCAGCAGCAGCAGCCACCGCCGGGCAUGGGGCACGACUACGGAAUGGGCCCUGGAGCCGCCUUUGCAUUUGCGCCGCACCUGCGCAGCAACUUCUCUGGGCCUGGAGAACGGCAGCGCUCGCCGCCGUAUACUGGCAGCACGCCACCACCGCAACAACAACAACAACAACAGCAGCAGCAGCAGCAGCAGCAGCAGCCAUCUUCCGCUCCAUGGUCCCGCUUCACUGCAAUGGAUUUUGAACUUGCUCUCCACGACGGUAAUCAGCCGACUGACGACAUGCGUCGUUCGGUGGCGUACCUAAAGUGGUAUAACAGCAAGCGCAUGCAGGACAGCCGUAUUCCGGCGCCGUUGACCGACUUCCGCGGCGGCGCGAGAAACGCCGUUGAGGCGCCGUGGGACGGUGCAUCCACGGCCCGCAUGGCGGUCCAAAUGCCAACGUCUGGAGGCGUCGCAAUGGAUGUUGGAAAAGGUAGCAUUCGCCUAGAGCUGGACGCGAAAAACUUACAAAAAGCACACGAACAGCAAUGCUUCAACCCUUAUGCUGCUGGCUUUCAGCAGCGUGAUGAUAACAUGCUGAGCCCAGGAACGCAGUUCUUUGGGGCGUAUGCGCCAACGCCGUUAGCGACAAUGGCGACGCCAAAUACUCUCCGUGCCUACGCUCACUCUCGCAUGGGCAUGCAGAAUCGCGGAAGUGGUAACAACAACGACCGUGAAGCCUCACAGAACAUGUCACAGGUGCCAAAUCAAGCUAUCUAUAACAACGAAUGGAACACCAGUGGGGAAUUCCGUGGAGGUCCAGGCGUGAGCCAGCAGUACUAUACACAGGAACCUAUGAACCCAUUUGACUACUACACGGAUCCUGCGGUGGCGGGGUACUACAACGCUGCAGCAGCAGCAGGUGUAGCUGAAGCCAGUCGGAUGCAGUCAGCGCUCCUUGCAAUGGGUUCUGGUGGUGACAUGGGCAUUAUGCGUGGUGGCGGUGGUGGUGGUGGUGGCGGCGGCGGUGGUGGUGGUGGCGGACGCAGUAGGCGAGGUGGCAACAGAGGGCGUGGCGCGACAGGUGGCAAGUGGAAUACAGGUGGUGGGAGGGGGAGUGGCCGUGGUGGAGCAUACCGGGAGCCGCUGCAGCCGUGUUCAGAGCUGCUGGAGCAGUUCCGCGCAGAUGCCAUGAACGGUGCGACGAGCCAGUGGCGCAUCGCCCACAUCGCUGAUCACGCGGUGGAGUUUGCGCAAGACCAGGAGGGUAGUCGGUUCAUCCAACGAGCUGUGGAUACAGCAACACAUGACGAGGUUGAUGCCCUCUUCCGAGAGAUUUUCGAGUCACCUCUGGACCUGGUAACAGACAUCUUCGGCAACUACGUGCUACAGAAGCUUCUUGAAGUAGGCAAUGCGCGCCAGCUCGCCUAUGCGGCUACGCGACUGCAGAAUAAUGUUGUCUCUCUCACUCUGCAAACUUACGGUUGUCGUGUAAUCCAGAAAUGCAUUGAGGUAAUGCCUCCUGAAGGACUUGACAUUGUGCUGGCCGAGCUCAAAGGGAAUGUGGCAAAGUGCAUUCAGGAUCAGAAUGGGAAUCAUGUUGUGCAGAAGUGUGUGGAGGUCAUUCCACAACGGUGUGGCUUUAUUGUGUCAGCCUUCACAGGACGUGUGAUGGAGUUAGCCACCCACGCAUAUGGCUGCAGAGUGAUUCAAUGCAUUAUGGAGCACUGCCCAGACCAAGAAGAAGCCAUCUUCUCUGAGUUGGUCCAGUGCGUGGGCACUCUGGCGAAAGAUCAAUACGGAAACUAUGUCAUUCAGCACGUGCUGCAGCACAUGAAGGAUGAGGAAAAAGUGUCCCGUAUCUUCAACGCCUUGAAGGUUGAUUUCUACGAGUUCAGCAAACAAAAGUUUGCAUCCAACGUCAUGGAAAAGAUCUUUAUUCGUGCGAGCCCGCAGCAGCGCAUGGAGCUCGUGCAUAUGUUGUGCUCUCCUGUUGUGGGACUUGAAGAGCCCGCCGUUGAGGUUCUGGCCUUCAAGCGUUCUGCCCCGGUGAAGAAGGACGCAACGGAGAAGCACCGUAGCGAUAAUGCCAAGAAGGGGCGCCGCGAUAGGGAGCGUGAACGUGAGAAGGAGAACGCAGGUGGGCUUGUUGUGGAGGUGAGGACGGCCGGUAAGGAGGCUCCCAGCAUGCUUUGCCUCAUGAUGCAAAAUCCAUUUGCCAACUACGUGGUGCAGCGUGUGCUGGACGCUGCGGAUGUGGAGCAGUUCUGGUGUCUCAUCGACAAUAUUCAGAAGUUCCUUCUUCCUAUCAGCACGUACACGUACGGCGCGCCGAUUGUACAGCGCCUGGCCCGACGUGAGCUCGUAAAGGCCCCUGAAGACGUUGUCUUUAAUCUGUCCGCCACCGGCUCCUCCUCGAGCGGCAAAGGGAAUCACGCCCAUCAUCGCAGGGAUUACGGCGGCCACGACGGCGAUGAAUAA